UCAGGGGCGGGGGGCCGGGCCUUGCGAACGCUUGUUGUUGUCCGGCUCGGGGAGGCAGAGGUCGCUCGCUCGCUCCUUUGCUCGUUCGGGCCUUGGGUGGCGGUCGGCGGGCAGGUCGGUCGCGGUAGUCGGUCGCCGUGCAGGGGCGAGGCUAUGUCGCGGUGGCAGCCCGGCAGGGCCGGCAGGGCCGGGAGUAACGGGACGUCGCCGCGGAGCCUCUUCCCCCGGAUACAGUGCGGCCCGAAAGGAGGCCGCGGCGCCGCCCUCCGGUCCUGAGGAGCUCGCGCUGCCCGGAGCCCUCACCGCCUUCUUACCCGCGCCGACGUCAACCGGCCCGACCCGGCCCGGCCCGGCCACACCGAGCGCCGCGCAAGCAGGCAGCACUAGCCCCUCCGAGCACAGGACCCCUUCCUCAAGGACAUGAAGCUGUUGGAGAACUCGAGCUUCGAGGCCAUCAACUCACAGCUGACAGUGGAGACUGGAGAUGCCCACAUCAUCGGCAGGAUUGAGAGCUACUCGUGUAAGAUGGCGGGAGAUGACAAGCAUAUGUUCAAGCAGUUCUGCCAGGAGGGCCAGCCCCACGUGCUAGAGGCACUGUCUCCACCCCAGACCUCAGGCCUCAGCCCCAGCAGACUGAGCAAGAGCCAAGGUGGUGAGGAUGAGGGUCCGCUGAGCGACAAGUGCAGCCGCAAGACCCUCUUCUAUCUGAUUGCCACGCUCAAUGAGUCCUUCCGGCCUGACUAUGACUUCAGCACAGCCCGAAGCCAUGAGUUCAGCAGGGAACCCAGCCUCAGCUGGGUGGUGAACGCAGUCAACUGCAGUCUGUUCUCGGCAGUACGGGAAGACUUCAAGGCCCUGAAGCCACAGCUCUGGAAUGCAGUAGAUGAGGAGAUCUGCCUGGCCGAAUGUGACAUCUACAGGUGGGCUGGCACCCCUGCGGGUGGGCCCUGGGCGUGCAUGGCACGUGGGCCUUCGUACCACCUCUUGCCCCGCACUCCCCAGUUACAACCCAGACUUGGACUCAGAUCCCUUUGGGGAGGAUGGCAGCCUCUGGUCCUUCAACUACUUCUUCUACAACAAGCGGCUCAAGCGGAUUGUCUUCUUCAGCUGCCGCUCUAUCAGUGGAUCCACCUAUACCCCGUCGGAGGCAGGCAACGAGCUGGACAUGGAGCUGGGGGAGGAGGAGGAGGAGGAAGAGGAGGAGCGCGGAGGUGGAGGCAGUGAGGGCGGACCUGAGGAGACGAGCGCCAUGGAGGACAGGGUCCCGGUGAUCUGUAUGUGAGGGUGAGGAGCAGAGGCCCCAGCUUCAUUCCGCUUCAGCCAGUGCCUGGAACUGCCCACUCGGGGGCCCCAGGGCCUCCCCAGCUGGUGGUCAGCCCCUGGCCCUGCCACGGCUCCAGCGCCGCCCAAGGCCACGCCCACCUAGCCCUUUGGCUCCGGCCUACAGAUGUCUACUCACCCUCACAGGCUCCGGCUGCCCGUGUUGUGGUUGGCCUGGACAGCACAGGGCCUGGUGGGAAGGCCACUGCCUGUCCCAGUGAACUGACAAAGACAGGGACAGCUGGACUACAGAGUUUAUUUUUGUAUUUUGUGCCGGAUCAGGAGUGGGCCUGCACACUCCAGCCCAAAGGGUCUGAGAUCCAGUCAGCAGGCCCCUGCGGUCACCACCCUGGGCUUGGCCAGCCCCUGGCGCCCACCUGUACCCCCUCUGCCCCCCCCCACCCGCCACCUUGCCCAUUGGGCAGCGUGCACUGAGUGUCACUUUGCUGCAGCUGUUUGUUUCCAAUAAAAAUUUCUGUGACUUA